UUACGGGCAGCAGAAGAGCGGCACAGACUAAUGAGUGAUGACCGGGUGACGCUCGACCAUCUGACACCUGGCUUUGUUUAUCCUCAGUCGUAGUGCAGCGAGUGUUCGGUCUCGGUCGGGUUCGGUUCAGAGUUCAGUAACGUGGGAAGUGUACUCAGUGAAGGUGGGUGCCGUCCCUAUGCCACACGUAGUUCGCGUAGGGCUCUCUUCCGAGCUCGCGGUGUGAAUUGACUGUGUUGUUUAUCAAACGUCCGAUUUCGCCCAAGAAUUCACAUGAACGCCAAAACAAAAGCACCGCCGGCCCCGCUGCCUGCUCUUCGGCACUCCACAGCGACUACCACCCUCCCAGACGCCCGUGCCAAACAAAUACUCAAGGAAGCCGUGGACGCUGUUGUCAACAGUUUUGCUAAACAUACUCAAGGAUAUGGCCGAGUAAACGUCGUCGAAGCCCUGCAAGAGUUCUGGCAGAUGAAGCAGACGAGAGGGGCUGACCUGAGGAAUGGAGCUCUAGUCAUCUACGAAUCAGUCCCUUCCCAGAGUCCACCCUACGUCUGCUACGUCACGUUACCAGGAGGAUCCUGCUUCGGCAGCUUUCAGAACUGUCCAACCAAAGCAGAAGCGAGAAGAAGUGCUGCAAAGAUCGCGCUGAUGAACUCUGUGUUCAACGAACAUCCAUCGAGAAGGAUAUCAGACGACUUUAUCGAGAAGGCUGUUGCUGAAGCGAGAGCGUCGUUCAAGGGAGACCCAGAGGAGGCUGACAAUCCCAACACCGGCAUUGGAGCGUUCCGGUUCAUGCUGGAGACAAACAAAGGCCGUACCAUGCUCGAGUUCCAAGAACUUAUGACGGUGUUCCAGCUGCUUCAUUGGAACGGCAGCCUCAAGGCGAUGAGGGAAAGGCAGUGUUCUCGACAAGAGGUGGUGGCACACUAUAGCAACAGAGCGCUGGAUGACGACAUGCGCUCACAGAUGGCGCUCGACUGGAUCGCACGGGAACAAGAAUGUCUGGGAGCGCUUGGACGCGAGCUGAACCAAGCCGAGCGUGAGCUGGAAACCGCAAGGCUCGCCGGACGAGAACUUCGCUUCCCCAAGGAGAAGAAGGAUAUCCUUAUGUUGGCCCACACCCAGGUCAGCGGAGGGUCACUGUCCAGCUAAAACUGCCAAAGUCCAAAUUUGGAAUUCCUUUUGUAUAGUACGCGUGCGACUUUUCAAUACUUAAGAAAAUUUUGUGUGAUUUAAUGAAUUUGUGAUAUGAAAUUUAAUUUUUGUCUUGAGUAAAAUUAUUGGUGAUGUUUGAAAAUGAGCUGCCCAUGUAUAUGGAGAUUAGACAUUUGUAGAUUCAUAAUCGGAUCUACUGAAGAUGAUUUUAAGCUGUUCUGUGUUCUUUAACUUCAAAGUGACUGUUUAACUUUUAUUUCAUUCACUAGCUUGAGAACUAUUAUGACCAUACAAAACAAUCAAAAGAGAGAAACACAUAGUUGACAUCAGUGAUGAAACAGUUAAAACGAUCAGAUCAUAUGAUAGGAAUGAAAAUCUACUUGCGGUUUCGAUGAUUAUUUAUGUUCAGCUGAGUCAAUUUUUGUGUUUUGACGUUUAAAAUAAACUUGAGUAAAACUGCUAACCUCUAUUAUGGGACAUUUUACAAAUUUGCCUAUACAUUUAUUUCGUCCAUCUGUGGAACCCAUUAAGAUAUAAUUUUAAAACUUCCUUUGAAAUGGAACUGCAGCUUUAUAGUUUUAAGUUUUAUGUAAAUUUUACCUAUUUGAAACACAAAUCCUUUUAUUGUGGCUUAAUUUCUGUUUAUAUGGAAGAGUAAUUAACUUUUCUAUUUUUAUCAUGAGUUCUGUAUUAAAUUGUUAAAAAAUAUAAUUCCCAAAAUGUUUUUAUGAACUUUCUCUGUUAGUUCCGGUUCUAAAAGUGACAGUUAAAUCGUUGUUCAAAUGUUUAUCGUGUUGUGUUUAUGUUUGGUUAAAACUCCUUGAAGUUAAGUUCCUUGAAGUUGGAAGAGCGUUAAAAAUAUUGCAAGCGUUAAAAGUAUGGCUCAGACAUAUAUCCUUCAAAAAAGGUAACUUAGCAAGACUUGAUGAAAUGUGAUAAAUUUACUGAAUAUGGUGAUCUAUUAUUCCUUGCUUUUACUCACAAAAUCACAUUCUCUUGUUAGGUAUUGAAAAGUCUGUUAGGUAAAUAAGCUAUCGUUGUGUAAAUUUUGAAUCGGAAACGGCUUAGUAAUUCAAUGCAGUAGAAACUGAUCUUCAGUGAUCAAAAUAACAGCCAUAACAUUUGAUGGGAAUACUUACAAUAGAAUAGUACUGUAAUAGCCAUUAAACAUAGCCAUAUAAUUAUUAGAUAUAAUUUUCUAUAAUGUAGUCAGCCAAAUAUGUCUAAUAACUUAUAGACUGUACUAUACACCAAUGUAAAAUAGAUUAACUCCACUUAGCAAUAAUACUGUAUGCGAUACAUAUUUUGGAAAGCAAAGUUAUAAGGACUAUUAUUAAAUUUGUAUCACCUAGUAUAAUUAAUACUUGUUGAGUCCUGUAUAUGUUGUAAUCAAAAGAUAUGAAGUUGAUAUUGUUAGUUAAAUAGCCAUUUAUUUAUUUGUUUCCUUAGAAGAAUUUUAGUUUAAAUUUCAUACGAUUUGGUAUCUAUUAACUACUAUACAUUUUUUUUAUAUCUUUUAAUCAACCAAUGAUUUUAAAUACGCUAACUCUCUCUCUCAUUCGGAAUGGUUGGGGUGGGAUCAUUGUUGAAACUAAAAGAUUAGGAACCAGUAGAAGUUAAAUAAAAACUUAUCCAAAAAUUUUCACAACUAUGCAUUUUGUAAACAAAUUAAAUAAAGUACAGUUCACUUCUAAGCAAUAAAGCAGUAAUAUCCAUUCAGUGCUGGAUGAACAGGUAUUUGAUUUUUUACGGCUAUUUCCAGAGUGAGUGUAAGUGCCCAAAGUUCAAACCAUAUGUUGUCUGAACCAUCCGAAUUUCAAACCAUAUGUAGUCCGAACCAUCUGAAGUUCAAACCAUAUGUAGUCUGAACCAUCCGAAUUUCAAACCAUAUGUAGUCCGAACCAUCCGAAGUUCAAACCAUAUGUAGUCCGAACCAUCCGAAGUUCAAACCAUAUGUAGUCUGAACCAUCCGAAUUUCAAACCGUAUGUAGUCCGAACCCUCCGAAGUUCAAACCAUAUGUAGUCUGAACCAUCCGAAUUUCAAACCAUAUGUAGUCCGAACCAUCCGAAGUUCAAACCAUAUGUAGUCUGAACCAUCCGAAGUUCAAACCAUAUGUAGUCUGAACCAUCCGAAUUUCAAACCAUAUGUAGUCCGAACCAUCCAAAGUUCAAACCAUAUGUAGUCUGAACCAUCCAAAGUUCAAACCAUAUAAAAUCCGAACCAUCUGAGGUUUAAAACAUGGGAAGUUUGAACCAUCCAAAGUCUAAAUCAUCUAACUACAAGGGAGUGUUCAGUUGUUUAAAAUGCAAUUUCUUUAAACGUAAAUAAUGUUUUCCAUCUUUUAAAGAAAUUCUCCACCCUUGAAACAAAAGACUACAUCACUGGUAAAGAAACCUUGUUAAUAGAAAUAUUUUCCUACAUUGUUAGAAUGUUUGGGUCAUCAAAGUAUUGAACAAGUUCUUUCUAAAGUGUUCCCCUUUGGUUGUGGAUUUUGAUCCUCUUAAAGAUGCAUAUCAAUUUUGAGUUGUGCUUUGCUAUGAGUUUAACCUUCUGGGCAUAUUUUGAUGCUGUCUUUUCUGUUAAAUAGUGCUCAGCUUUAAGAGUAUCAAAACCUUUAUAGAAAUUGAUAACUGGCUUUUGCUUUUGUAUAUAAUGACUGAUUUCCACGGUCGCGUGCCAUGGAAUUAUAUGUGAUUUAUUUAUAUAUGUAUAAUAUUUAUAGAAUUUAUUUCUUGUGCCUUAACCUUUGGGCCUUGAAAAUGUAAAUAAGUCGUGUAAUAUUGUUAAUUGUCAAAUUGUGAUUUUGUUAAGAAAUUAUUUAUUUUAUCGAUAAAGAUUGUAAGUAAUGGAAACAUCAUGAUGAAGAAUGGUUGUUGAAAACCCCCUAAAUUAACGGUGCUAUUGUUAAAAGGUUUUAUUUUGUUUAAAUAUUUCUAUAGAUUUUAUUUAACCUCAUCAACAAUUAGUCAGUCUUUGAACUUAUAAAAUUUGGCUAUCAGAGAAGAACUGUUACGCUGUUUUUGUUAAUACAUUUUUUGCCAUAAAUCUUGUACUGAUUUGUAUUUCAAUUGUUUGACAUACUCAUAGUUCUAAAGAAUGACUUUUACAUCUGAAUUUAUUUUAAUAUUCAUUAACUAAACUAGUUUACGAUUGGAUCUACUUAUUUGUCUUUCCCCACAUGUCGACAUUGUUGACUACAUUUUAAUUUUCGUUAUUUUUAGUCCUGAAUAGUUAAAGGAAUUAUACCUUCUUACACUUUCAGAAGCUGGUCAGGCACAAAAGAGAUGGCAACGACAAAUUUCUUGUAUUUAACUUAGAAGCAGGGGAUUCAAAAAUGUUCCUUCUAUUAUUUAUAUAGUUGUAAAAUCAUACCGGUUAUGUCUUACUGACACUGUACCUACCUAUUUAAUUUACAAUUAUGACUCAAAUAUUCGGUACUUUUAGAACAUCUUAAAAUCCAGUAUUUAAUAUUUUACUUUCACCAUUAAAUUGAGAUUACAUUUCUGUCAACAUUAUGACAAAAUAUCUAUGAAAAGGAAAUAAAUUACUAAUUCUCAUUCACAAGAACAAUGAAUAUAUGCGUUGUUAUCUAUGUAAUAUCUAAUUGAUCUCAUAAUUGUGUUUAUUGUAAUCAUUACCCUGCAUUAUAGGCUACAGGGUGUUUCAGAACUCUUUAUUGGUGUUUUUGGGCUGGUUCUGGAAAAAAACUAAAAGUUAUUAUCGUUAAAUAAGUUCCCAGUUACACUAUGUGUCACCAUUUUGUUUUUACAUACAUAAUAUUUCAUCUCGUGAUAUUUUAAUAAAUAUGGCUUCGGUGUAUGCCAGAUCAAGGCUUAUUUCAUUAAAACAUAUUUAAUAGGCUCUUUCAGAAUUCAAAAUGGAGGACAUUUCAAAUUUUCAAAUAAAUUAAAAUUUCAUUUAUCUGUCCAUUUUAUUAGAAAGCUAAAUUAUAAAUCCAACCAAAAUCUUCCAAAUCGGUUAAGACACAACUGAGUUAUGUAAAAUUUAGUUUAGCAAAAACUAAUGUGGAAACAUCCAUCGAUGACUAUGGACAGGUAUAGACAUAUGAUGGUUUUUCUAACACUUUUUACAAAGCCCAUUAUUGAUUCUUGUUUAAUUCAUAAGACUGUAGUCAUUUGGGUUUAAAUUAAAUCUUCUUAUAAAAGUUAUUAAAACAGUACUUACAUUUUUUGAUGAUUCUACCAAAUUUCUCUUAUUUCAAAUUCAUUAUUAAGAGCAUUUUUGAAGUCCGCAGUCAGAAACUCAUUUAGUAAUUUUUACAAAAUAACUCUAAUCAGAAAAAAACCUUACGAGUUUUGAAACACCCUGUAUUUUAAUAUUAAACAUGUGUUGUAUUUUUUCACGGUGCAAAUUGUUUUGUGCAUAGCUUUUGUAAUAAAAAU